UGUGAGAUGGCGCUCCACCCCAUGGAAGGGGGAGGCAGCCCAGGAUGAGUGCCCCGUUCGACAACUUGUGAUGUCCGACUUGUUUUGGGAGAGUGCGCACUGCGUAUAGGAUGUCAUGCAGCCGGCGUAUAGUCUGUUGCGUGACAUGGAUAGGGACGGUUCUUCCCCCCCCACCCUGUGGGGGUUUGUGGACAGGAUCAGACAGCGAGUUCGCGACUCUGGUCUUUCUGAGGAGGAGGAGAUAGAGAUUUUGGACAGGGUGGAGUACCGUUGCAGCAUGAUGCGGCAGCCAGCGCACGCGCUCGCAUACCUUACGGACCCGCGACGACGAGAUGUGUCUUUGUUGGCGGAUACUGGCAGCAAGGUUGUGCAGAGUGCGCUGGAUCAUUUGUCCAGGUUCACUGUCGAUGGCCCGGGGUCAGAGGAGCACGGCAAGUUGUGGUUCGCUUUGUACUUGUUCCACCAUGAUGAUCCCCACGCGAGCCCCAGGCCAAAAUGGUGGACGGACGACAAGGUGAAGGCGGACGCGGGGAGGAUGCACCCCGCGUAUUGGUGGUAUCUGCAUGGUGGCGACUUCCCGCGUUUGCGGGAAGUUGCCAUCAAGGUGCUGGCUAUGUGGUCCACUGCCUCUCCUUGCGAGAGGAAUUGGGCCUCGCACGACUUCAUUCACUCAAAGAGGCGCAAUAAACUCUCGAGUGACAGUCUGCGGAAGCUCGUGUUCAUCCAUUGGAACAUGCAGCUUCUGCGAGCUCAGUCGGGUCCCCGGAGGGGUUUCGUGGAUGUUUGGGAGGAUAUGGUGGAGGAUCCGCCGGAGCCGCAGGUCAGCGCUGCCUCUGAGGAGGUGUAUGACGACAGCAUGACGAUCCCUGAGGAGGUGGAGGCAGAGAUUCGUAGUCGGCGCAAGGAGGGGGGGGAUCGUGCUAGUGCACGACUGUUGCAGGGGCGGGACUACGAGGAUGAGGNGGGGGGGGAUCGUGCUAGUGCACGACUGUUGCAGGGGCGGGACUACGAGGAUGAGGACGAGGAGGACGUCAUUUACGAGGCGGAUGACGUCUGGGAGGGGAAGGACAUGAUCGAGGAGAUUGCGGCAGCAGGGAAGGGGAAAGAGGUAGUGCGUGAUGACCCUCUCGUCUCUCGUGUGUGGGACAGAUGGGGGGGGCUUGACAUUGUGGAUGACCUGGACGGCUACCUGCACGGCUCCAGACACGCCCUUCAUAUGAUGAAGGACAUUCACGAGUGUCGCAGACCGAAUGAGGGGAGUGCAGGGGUUCAGCAGGACGGUCGUGUGGAUACGGGCUUUCGUGCGACCACCUUCGACGGUGAGGCAGGCUCUAGUGCAGCUACCACAGAGGUAGGAUCGACACGCACGGCGGAGGUGGUAGCCCCCCCCCUUGCUGCUCCAUCGUUUGGUAUGCCAUCUGUUGUUGGGACAGGAGAGGAGCAUUGUGAUGUCCCUGUCCCGGGUCGUGUAGCACAACAGCCAUGUCCCGCCGUUGAGGAGCAGGGGAGCGCUCCUGUUACCGAGGAGCGUGUGACACAUGCCACUGUUUUAGAGGAGCCGCAUCCCAUUGUCGAGGAUCAGGUGACAGGUCCCGCUGCGGAGGAGUUGGAGGCCGCUACCGUCAUCUCUGGGCAGCAGACUAGGUUGGACGGCAGGGCGCGAGAGACAGAGGGUGUUCCCACAUCGUUGUAGUCCCCAGCGCGGCAUGACCCAU